AUGGCAGCACCUCCUCCCUUUCUGGGCAGGCCGCUGGAGAGCCCUCCAAAUGAUGGCAUCUCUGGGCUGCGCUUCUCUAACACCAGCGACCUGCUGCUCUGUUCAUCCUGGGAUGGGUCAGUGCGCCUGUACGAUCCACCACGAAGUCUGACAAAAGGAAGCUUCUCACAACAAGCCCCCGUUCUAGAUGCGGCCUUCCAGGAAGACUCAUCCAUCUUUCUGGCUGGCUUAGACGGCAUAGUCAAAAGGUAUGACUAUUUCGCGCGCGCGGAGACGGUCAUCGGCCAGCAUGCGGCAGGAGCCAGGUGCGUAGAGUGGCUUCCAGAGCGAGGACUGGUAGCCAGCGGCUCAUGGGACAAGACUUUACGCUGUUGGGACCCGCGGAUACCCCAGGGACGGAACUGCGCGGUGGUGAUGCAGCUGCCCGGCAAGGUGUUCAGCAUGGCGCAGAGCAGCACACGCUUGGUUGUGGCGACAUCCUCACUGCACAUCCUCGUCUAUGACAUCCGCAAGCUGGAGGCGGGGUUGCCAGAACAGGAGCGGGAGUCUUCGCUGAGGUUCCAGACACGGUGCGUACGCUGCUACCCGGACGGCACCGGCUUUGCGGUGAGCUCGGUGGAGGGCCGCGUGGCGAUGGAGUACUUUGACCAGUCCGAGGCCGGCCAGACGCGCAAGUAUGCCUUCAAGUGCCAUCGGAGCAGCGAGGCCGGCACAGACACUGUGCACCCUGUGAAUAGCAUCGCCUUCCAUCCUGUCCACGGCACGUUUGCCACUGGCGGUGGCGAUGGUACUGUGAAUGUUUGGGAUGGGGCAAACAAGAAGCGGCUGUGCCAGAUACAAGGCUAUCCCACUUCCGUUUCAGCGAUGGCGUUUUCUAGGGAGGGGAAGUACCUUGCUGUGGCGUCAUCUUAUACAUGGGAACAAGGAGAGAAGGAGCACCCGGCAGAGGCCAUUUAUGUGAGACAUAUGAGCGAUGCCGAAGUGAAACCAAAGCCUCGAAUAUGA